AGGGAGGGUAUAUGGGGCAGCAGCAUCAGGGAGCUGUGUACCGCCUCUCACAUUAUUCGUCAGUAUCUCUCAGGAUCACACACUGACUGCGGUACCGCCACUAUCAUGUGUUACUGUAGCAGCCAGAGGACCACAGUACCACCCCCCCUACACGCCCUCUCCCUACUGCUGGUGGUGGUGAUGGGCGCGACUACAGCAGCUGAAUUCGGCAUUGGGUUCAAGCAGUGGCCAGCGACAGAGAUAUACGCGGUGAGGGGAGGCCAAGUGCGACUCCCCUGUGCCACCAACGUCACGGCGGAGAAGAUAUCCUGGCAGUACAACCACCACUUCCUCCUGGCUCCUGCUGUAGCUGACGACGAUGAUGACGACGAAGAAGAAGAAGAAGAAGAAGAAGAAGAAGAACAUCACCGGUCACUACCCUUUGAUGUACAGCAGACGGAGGACGGUAGUGUGUUGGUGGUGAAUCUUAAUCCUCGGGAGGCAGAGUACCAGAACCAACUGGGGCUGUACCAGUGUGUCGCGUGGUUUGGUGCCAUCGCUUUGACCUCCCUACCUGGACGGCUGGUGGCGGCGGUCCUGGAGCCAUAUCCUAAGGGCGGCGCCCCUCUGGUGGAGCUGGAAGUGGUGGAGGGAGGAUCAGCCAGGGUGGAGUGUGGGGCACCUACUUCUGUACCAGAGGCGACCAUCACUUUCUUCAAGGAUGACCAGCGCCUUGAUGUCUCCCAGAGUACAGCAUACCAUCUCACGCCCCAUGGAGACCUGCUCAUUCAUGACGUGGGCGUGUGGGCGGCCGGGGAGUACAGCUGCAUCGCCCACAACACCCUGCUGGAGGAGAAAACUGCCCUCAACACCCGUACUAUCCUGAAGGUGGUGCCCAGGAGUGACCAGACCCCCGCUGCCCAGCCUUCCUUCAUCACCCUUCGUACCAUCUAUACUGGGCACACUGGAACCAACCUCACCCUCCUGUGCUUAGUCAAUGGUCAUCCAGAACCAGUCGUCCGGUGGUCAAAGUACGGUGGAACUCUGCCGUCACGGAGCUCUCAGCAGGAGAACGGGUCGCUGCUCAUCUCCCAGUUGGCCGUUGAAGACGAAGGAACGUAUCUGUGUCAGGCAAACAAUGGCGUCGGCUCGGAGGUCACCCUGGAUGUUGCUGUGGAUGUGUUAGAGGUGCCCAGUAUAACACAGUCACCAGACUCACAAGACGUGGAAGAAGGUAAAGGUGUGUCGUUAGUGUGUAAAGCCACAGGUCACCCUCAGCCCAAGAUCAUGUGGGUGUUUAAUGGAGGACUGGUGAGGAAUGAUGGCAAUAUUCUUAUUACAGAAAAUGGUUUAACUAUCGAUGUUGUGGCGAAGGAACAUGCUGGGAUCUUUCAGUGUUUUGCCCACAACCCGGAGGGGACUGUUCAGAGUGUGGCCAUGAUCAGUGUAGUGCCCAAGACUGUUACUGCUGGACCAGGAGCCACUAUCCUUAAUAAUAAUUAUGUUCCAAGUGAAACAAAUGACAAUCAGAGAUGGCGCAACGGUCAGAGGCGAGACGGUGGAGGAGGAAAUGGUGGAAAAGUAGGUGGUAAUGGUGGGGAGAGAAGAGGCCACGAUCGUAGUGGUGUACCCGGCCAAGGGGGAACGUCGAGAAGAAAUGAGGAGAAAGUUGAAGAGCCGGUAGUAACAGAGAAGAAGAAAGGGAAGAAAGGGUUCAUGGUCCCUCCUUCCAAGCCCAGAAUGACGAAGGUCUCAGAUGAGUCGGUGAUGGUGACUUGGGAUGGUCCCGAGACGUCUGGCUUACCUAUUCUCUUUUAUAAGAUCCAGUUCAAGUUAGUCAGAAGCCGAGGGAAUAGAGGGAGUCGAUGGAUGACCGUGGAUGAUGACAUACCAUCCCACGUUCACAGUUACGAGGUCACAGGACUCCAGACUGGUCGCACUUACAGAUUCCGCAUCGCUGCCGUAUACGCCAACAAUGAUAACAAGCUUGGACCAAACUCUCAACGUUUCCUGCUGGAGAAAGAUCUGAUAAUGCAGCGUCCUGCUUAUCCACCGACUAUAACCACACUAAUCCCUCAGGGUUCCACGGCCGUCAAGCUGGAGUGGCAGUAUGACCCAUCACCUGGUGUACCUGUUGAUGGCUUCUAUGUUAACUAUCGUGAGGCAACAAAGGCUGGAGAUUACACUAAGCUGACAAUAUUGGGUGCUGCUGAGAGAAGUAUUGUAAUAUCACACCUUCAGGCUAAUGUCUCCUAUGACUUCAAGAUACAGUGCUUUAACCUGGCUGGGGCGUCCGACUUUUCAGCCGUUUUUAAGAAGAACGUAGCUGGAUCUCCUCCAGUCACAACAGAAGCACCUGCAGUAGUGAAUGACAUAGUGCCUAUAGUGAAGAAUGACGACCUAACCCUCUCCAAUGUUCAUCUGUAUAUUAUUCUCGGCGCUGUGCUGGGACUCUUACUGCUUAUUGUGAUUGUUUCUGCAACGGUGUACACGUGCAGGAAUAAACACUCGGAAGAUGAUACAAGAUCCACCAAAUACGAAGACACGUCUCUCCACAUCCACCGAGAAACAUCCACCUACAUCCUUCCCCACCAGAGAAAUAAUGGACAGUCACCAAAUGGCUACCUUCCUCACCAGGGUAUUGACGUCACUCAAGGAGAUGAUGAUAAGGCAGCAAUAGAAAGUGCCGUCGUAGAGAACAACAACCACAACGCACAAGAGAGAUGUUACACGCCAUCAACAAGACGAAGAGCCCCAGGUGACGGCAGUGUCGACGCCGACGCUAAAACCCAAGUCCAGCCAAGACAUUCUAGUGAGAGUUGUGAGGGUAACGUGCGGUCCUGUGGUGACAAAGAUCCCACCACGAGAGACUUAGCCUUAAAGUGACGUGAUCCAGACCUCGGUGGUAGUCGGUAACGUGCGGUCCUGUGGUGACAAAGAUCCCACCACGAGAGACUUAGCCUUAAAGUGACGUGAUCCAGAACUCGGUGGUAGCCGUAGCCUGUAAAAAAAUACUCGUAGAUGUUAGUUGUACUUUAAGGUAUUUUGUGGUGCAUCAGAAUCAAAUUGAGAGUCAAGAGGAAGACUGAUAAAAUAACCAUCAAGAACCACAGUGUUUGGUGUUUAAGACAGACUCUGGUAUUACUUGUUUCUACAACACUAUAACUUGUGUCUUUUUAAUUAUAAGUUUUUUUCAUUAUGCUGAAUUUUUUUUUUUUUUUUUUUUUUUUAAGAUGACUUCCUCCUGUUGAUGGUCCAACUUUGAAGACUAUAUAUAUACCGGUAUAACUUUACUUGUACUAAUUCCACUACUUGAAACAUGUGUUUUAUGCGUUAGUGAAGAUUUGUUCUCUUUGAUUGUGACUCACUCAUUCUCUCUAUUUCUGUAUCUCAUCUUCUCACUUAUUCAUCUCAUUUAUCAUUCUCUCUCCACUUAUUUACACACACACACACACACACACACACACACACUGCUUCUUCUUGAAUAUCCAUCUCACUUAGUGUAUCUUUCUCUCUUCCUCUCUGUCUCUUUCUCUCCCUGUCUUGUCUCUCUCUCAUUCUAUAUUAAUGUUCACUUCCCUGAGCCAGUCCAGCAUUACCUGUUGCCUCUCACAAACUCCAUCUUCUUCUCACAAACCACUCGAUGCCUUUAUGUGAUAUUAUAUAUAAGUACAAUAUGUGUAGGUGUCAUUUUAUCUAUCAUAGUUGAAGGGAUGCAUUACUUUAUGAAUGUGUAACUUAGUAUACGAUGUCUGGUGAUUGUACAGUCAUAGUAUUUCAAGAAUUAAUUUAUGUAGGAAAACUGGUAAUGUGUAGAACUCUUAGUAUUUUUUUAGGUAGUAAAUAUGUAAACUUUUUAUUUUAUUAUUUUUUAAGUCAGUAUGGAGGAAACUGUAACAAUACACGACUUCAUAUUGAAAUAUUACGUGAAUUAUAUUUUAUUACUGUUUGGUAAAGAUGUCUGCUUCAGUGCCAACAUACCUCAAAUUUUUGUUCAAUGUCUUAAGGUUUAGUUAUAUGCCAUCAUUGUGCGUAGUGAGGGAGGUUAAUAUCUCCGUACAUAAUGAGUUGGCUCUGGGGUGUGAGCAGAGAGGUGUUACUGUCAAAUCUAUCCACUAGACAGCUUUACUUUUGUAAAUAGAUAGAGUUAAUUUAAAAACAUCAAUUAUACUUUCUUAUGAAUAUUAUUUUGAUUAUUUCUACUCAGUGUUCAGGUUCCAUUUUGACUGUAGUUCAUUAGUAUAUAAAUUGUGAUUAUGUUUCGUGAUAAAAUUGAUAACUAAUGCUGAUAUUGGGGCCUGUUGCUAAUAAAGUUGAGAGAGACUUAAUGACUGUCAUGUGUUGCCGCUGAUGGAGGCAUAAUCACAUCCACACACAUAAAUACAGUACGUAUAUAUAAUU